AUGAAAAUUGAAUUGGAUCAUGUGAAACAGCAUCUCCUGGUAAGUGAUGAGAAUUCCAAUUAGUUGACUGUUUCUACUCUAUUGCAGUUACAGGUAUUUUUAUUAUACUAUAUUUAUAAAGAACCAGCGGGUACAACUGGCACAAGUAAAAAGACAAAGGUACAACAAUACAUCUAAGAGAUCAAAAAAAUUUGACACACAAAUAUAGGAGUUGAGGCCCCUCUUCCUGUGGGAACUUACAAUGUAGAUAGAUUGGUGGAGACUGCAAGGGUGGGAACGAUGUUAAUAGAGAGUGAGAUGAGGCAAUUUAUUGGGUUAGUGGAAUGUGUUGGGUGGUAGGCUCAGUGGCCAAACUAAUAAAGAUAGGGCCCUGGUGCAAGAAGUUUUUUGGGUCCCUUCUAGACCAAAAGGUAUAUCCUCAUCUGUCGUACAGCUCCCAUAAUGCUAUGCCAGCUGGGGAUCUAUCCUUUAGCCAUCCUUGAUGUUUUGUAUUUGUGAACAGUGUUUGUGCAUUUUAAUGUAAGCAUGUGUUUGCAUGGGGUAUAUGUGUGCAUGUAUGAAUGCAGGGGUGUGUUUGUAUGUAGUGUUGGCUUUUAAAUGCGGGUGUACAUUUUUUGUGCAGUAGUGGUGUUUGAAUGCAGGGGUGUGUUUGUAUGUAGUGCUGGCAAUUGUGUGUAUGUACUUACAUCCCAGCAAUGAAACAUACUUACACAGAUAUACAUACACGUUAACAACCCCAGAUACACACAUUCAGUUUCACUCAAGUGUUGGGAAUGGAAGUCAGAUUGUGGGGGGUCAGGUAGGGAGUUGGAGGACAGGUAGUGGGCUAUGAGUUUGGAUGUUAGUGGAAGCAGUGAUAUGGGGCAGUAGUCUUCAGUACGGAAGAACGUUUGCAUGUUUUGAAAGAGAAUGGGAAUUAAGUCAUAUAGAAAACCAGCAUCUGUUAGUCCUGUGAGCCUUUACGAGCAUUGUCUGUGUUUGGCUGCCAAAGGGUAAUGGGAAUUACUGUCCACUAAAUGCUGGAGCCUCUCUCUAGUAUGGGACUUCCCCUGACAUAAUGAUUAACGUAUAGUUUCAGGUAAGCCUGUCUGAAAACAGUCUAUGGUACUAAUGUGUUAAACAUCCCUCAAAUGUAUAAUUUUGUUUUUAGGAAAAAAAAUUGUUUUUUUCUACUUUUAUUUCUCUCAAUUACUUUUCAGAAUGAAACCAAUAGGAUCCGUGCAGACACCAAAUUGGACAUCAAUCUUGAAAGGAGUCGUUUGGCAGACAUGGUAAUUUAUUCAGUAUUUGGGGAGGUUUUUCCAAUUACCAUAACCACUACAGCCCGCUGAGUACCCUGCGAGGCGCCAACUCCAUAUGUGUAGCGCUUCAAAACACUGCACAUGCUGACUCCAGGCACCAUGACCACUUUAAAUAACUGAAGUGGCCAUUGUGCUUUGAGUAACCCUUUUUAUAGACAUACCUCAAGCACCACAUGUUAGAUGCAGUCUGUUGGUAAGUUUACACUUAAUAUGCUGGGUGACGUUAUUUUAUUUAAAAAAAUUAUUUUUUGUCUUUUUGGGUUUUGAGAACAAUUUUUUUUUUUGCUCGGUUAGCCAUUUCAAGUCAUUGUUAGGUUUUAUCAGUUUUAAUAUGUUGUUUUGUUUUUUUCUCAAUGUAUUCACCAUAUAAUGAGUUAAAUAGAAUAGGCCAUGGUGGAGUGUCCCUUUUUAGAUGUGAAAUAUGUGAUUUCCAUUUUACCAUUCCUAGUUCCACAUGACACCCAGUUCCUGACCAUGUAUAUCAGAUAGAAGAAAAUAGAAAUUCACUUUUGGGUUUACUAAGAUGCACAAUAAACAUUUAUGCUCUGGUGUUGGCUGUCAGGAACCAGUUUAGGGAAGGAGCUGAGCCCACCAGAGAUUUCUCUGUUUCAGCAAAGUCACCUAAAGUGACAUGGUCAUAUUUUGAAAAAUGUUACGUGAUAAAGUGAGACACGCCAUUUAUCAAGUUACUCUACUGCCACCUAGGGGUUAUAAUUGAAAAUGACAACUAAGUUGAAUUUUAUACACUCAUUACUCGGCAUUCUACCUGCUAAACUAUGUAGGGUACAUCACUGUACAUGCGCUUUAAGGGACACGCCAGAAUCUUAAAGCACUUUAAUUUUGCUGAAAAGCUUUGUGUGUAAAUAGUGUCCUCUAUUUUGAAAAAAGUGCAGAUUUCAAUAGAAAUUGACACUUUUAUAAGUUAACCUGGUUACACCCCCUUGGCACUCAAGCAGACAGCACGUAAAACUACUUAUUUUUACCUGCUGUCUGCCUUGCAAAUACCUCUAAUGGAGCUGCAUUGAGUUGUGUAUGUUACAAUAACAUUAUUAGUUAAAUAACAUAUAUAUAUAUUUUUUUUUUUUUUAAUUAUUACUUUGUUAUUGGCCAUAACAAUGCUAAUACAUGUUCUCAAUAUCUUUUGGCUAUGUGUACAAUAAAAUAACAUUUUGUUUUUUGUGCUCACGCAAGUCUUUCCGUGCCCCUUUGCUUAACGACCAAUGUGCUCAUUAGUUGGGAUAUUGAUGCAAACCUCAAAUCUCAAAAAAAAAAAAAAAAUCUUUAAAGGAAUAGAAAGAGGUGGUGAAACAGAAGCACUGUACCUGCACUGAACUAGAUUUUGUUUCUAACUUUUUUUUUUUAUUAUUAUUCUUUAUUUUGAGUUGUGCAGAAGGUUACAGAACAGGCUUGUGCUGCCACAACAACAACAACAACAACAACAACAAGCAAUUACAUCAGACAUAGAAUGAUUGCAGCAUGGCAGACGAAAUUAAUGCACAUUUUUAUGGUUAUGAAAAAUAUUCGGUGCGGGCUAGGCACAUAUGUGCGUUAUUCGGGUGAGGUUCGGUAAUUGAACCAGCAAAACAAUCUGGGUUUAAGAUUACUAUCACGCGAGUACUUUGGAAGCUUACACUACCUUAGUUCGUUGAGUAGUAAUAAUAGCAGGAUUAAUAACAAGGUAGGAUUUAUAGACAUACUGCUUAGAGUUCUAUACUGUAUUGGGCAUACAGGCUGCGUGUAGCUCGUCUAGGUUAGCUUAUAGGAGUAUAUAACUAGGCUGCCCAAAAGCUUAUUGCUGAGCAUGGGAAGCUGUUGCCUAACAAAUGGAAAGCUACAGCAUAGAUGAGGUUUAUUAUAGCUAGUACAGUAGUAGGGUUAAGUAUAUACACGCUAAAGCAGGGUUGUUUGCAUUUCAACUGUGUCAUUAGGAUCAAGAUCAUGCAGUAAACAGUAGAAAAUGGUAGGGCAACGUGUUGAGGGUAACGAAAAACACCAGGGCAGCUUAUUGAUAUUGACAUCUCAGAGCUGCAACUCACUAACGGUAGUCCCUUGCACAGUUCAUCUGAUGCCUGACAUCGUGAGGUCAUGGGAGCUUGCAUGAGGUGCACAGAGGGCUCGUGAAAAAUCCCCGAUGCGGUGGGCCACGGUCGGCUGAGGGAUUGGCCACCUCCCCUGCGCCUAGUCACUAGGGUAGGCCGCAUGUAGGCCUCAGGUUCGUCCCCUGUCUGCGAUCACCCAGUCGGGUCGCUGCUUCGAGUUAGCCUCCCUUCCAUAUCAGACCCCUAUUUCUGGGGCUUAAAAGCGGACGAUUCGUCAUUUGUGGAGGUACUUUUGGCUUAAUUUGGGCUGUUUGGCCCGGAGGAGUCGACCACGUGCGACCACUCAGCUAGGCUGUCAAGCCCCCUUCCCCGUUUCUAACUUUUUAAUACAUAUUUAAGAGCAUAAAACAAAAGAAAAUGUUAACAUGAGGCAUAUGUGAUUUUUCUUGUUUGUGAUUUAUUCUAGUUUAAUGUCUAGAGAAGUUACAGUUUCUCUUUAAUCGUCACUCUGUCAGAUGCCCUUUAACUAAGCACUGCUAUAGAACAGAUUUGACCAUUUAGAGAGGCAGAUUUAGUGUUGGCCGUCUGAACGGAAUUCUUGGAGCGGUUAUUCUUAUUUAAGGGGAGUAGCACUGAUUAUCACCCUGAGAGUUGGGGCUUUUUAUAUGGUGUAAUUGGGGGCGGGUGAUGCUAAAGUCGAAUAAUGCAUAUUUCGUGAUCUGCAAUAACAUUUUUUUAAUUGUUACUUUUCAGUUUACUGAACAAGAAAAGAAGCUAAUGGAAAACAACACAGAAUUUCAUAAAAAGGUAAUUGUAAAAGAAAGGUGUGCAUUGAUUGUAAGUAAGAAAUUACAAAUAAAAAAAUGGCAUAGAAAAUGAUACAAUAUCAAUUCAUGAUUAAAGUAGGCAGGACACAUUUGAGAGAAGUUUGGGCAUUUAAUGUUUCAAAAAGGAGUGACACAAAAAGAAUAAAAUGGUGUGACUAGAUGGGCCACUUUGAUAUUUGUUUGUUUUGGUAAUACGAUUUUGAAAAAAAAAAUGUUUUUCUGCUUUCAAGUUUACAAAUCAGUUUAAUGUAUUUGGAAACUGAAUAAUGUAUUAUCCCCAUUUCAUUACGUCUGGACUGGAUAAGCCAAUAUAAUUAAAAAAAAUAACAUUGUGUAAUUAAAGGAACACUAUAGUCACCAGAAGAGCUAUAGCUUAUUGUAUUUGUUCUGGUGAGUAGAAUCAUUCCCUUCAGACUCUGCUGUAAAAACUAACUUUUUAGAGAAAAUGCAGUGUUUACAUUACAGCCUAGUGAUUUACUUCACUGGCCACUCCUCAGAUGGCUACUAGAGGUGCUUCCUGGAGUAGUGCUGCACAGUAUGACUGACAUUCAGUAUCUCCACCCUCUGCAUGCAGACUCUGAACUUUCCUCAUUGAUUCAAUGCAUCUCUAUGUGGAGAAGCUGAUUGGCCAGGGCUGUGUUUGGCUUGUGCUGGUUCUGCCCCGGAUCUGCCUCCGUCACAGUCUUAGCCAGUCCUAUGGAGAAGCAUUGUGAUUGGCUCAGACCAUCACUUUUGAUGAUGUCAGCAGGCAGUUUAGAGGCAGACGGGGGCAGAACCAGCAACUGCAGACUUGAAUAAAAGUAAGAUUUUAUAAUAUUUAGGGAGGCCAGGGAGGGCUAGAUGGUGGUUUUAACACUAUAGGGUCCGGAAUACAUGUUUGUGUUCCUGACCCUACAGUGUUCCUUUAAGUUUAGGUAUCUCUGAACAGUCUAAACAAGAAAUAAAUGUGUUUAAAAUAAAUGCUGCUCUUAAAAGCAGCCUUUAAUGACAUAAUGAACAUAAUAAAGGGGUUAAGGUGUCUCCUGUACCAAAUCCAUUGACCAGAAGUGCUGCAUCUUUCAUAAUAAAUGCAUAGAAACAGGGCGUGCUGUUUUUAUGUGCUAACAGUAACGCACACCCUGCAUAGGGUACACAACAAACAUUGGAGUAGGUUUUUAGUUUCAAACUUAAUCUUUAUUUUGGAUUUAUUGCAGAAUGCAAGUACAGAUGGCAUUAUUACAGAAAUUCACAAGAAGAUAGAUAUUGACAUCGCUUCUCUCAAAACACUUAUGGAAUCUCAUAAACUGGAUACAAUACGCUAUCUGGCAGGUAAGAUCCAUGACCACAAGGCACUGAAAGCCACUGCAUAGUGUUUAACAAAUCUGCUUUAAACAGGCAUUUUGAUUAAGCUCCAUAGUCUCCUAACAUUGAGGAACUUGGGUGAAUUGAUAAUGCAAAGUACUCCUUCAUUAUUGUUGUCGGCAUCAUAUAACUUAGACAAUAUUAAUUAUCUGGUUUAGCCUGCCUCCAUCGAUCACUCUCAGGGAAUUGAUGUCGUCCAGGUGCAGCUAAAAUGAGUGGUUAUUUAGUGUUAACACCCUCGGUUUAUAUCAAACCAUUCUUAUAAGAUUUGAUAUUAAAUGUGGCGAUGGUGCCAUGGGGCCCUAAGUUUAAAAGGGACAUUCCACUAUAACAAAAAAUCAUUGUUAAAGGACCACUAUAGUGCCAGGAAAACACUCGUUUUCCUGGCACUAUAGUGCCCUGAGGGUGCCCCCACCCUCAGGGACCCCCUCCCGCCCGGCUUUGGAAAGGGGAAAGGGGUAAAAACUUACCUUUUUCCAGCGCUGGGCGGGGAGCUCUCCUCCUUCUCUCCUCCUCCGAUCCUCCCCGCCGGCUGAAUGCGCACGCGCGGCAAGAGCUGCGCGCGCAUUCAGCCGGUCGCAUAGGAAAGCAUUUACAAUGCUUUCCUAUGGACACUGGCGUGCUCUCACUGUGAAAAUCACAGUGAGAAGCACGCAAGCGCCUCUAGCGGCUGUCAAUGAGACAGUCACUAGAGGAUUAGGGGGAAGGCUUAACCCAUUCAUAAACAUAGCAGUUUCUCUGAAACUGCUAUGUUUAUUAAAAAACGGGUUAACCCUAGCUGGACCUGGCACCCAGACCACUUCAUUAAGCUGAAGUGGUCUGGGUGCCUAGAGUGGUCCUUUAAGUUGCUAUAUCCCUAGUGAAAGUAUGUACCUAUUUUAAUGCAUUUUUCUUUGAGGGUAUAUCUUAAAACAGCUUGCAAAAACAGCAAAUUUCUUGUCUGCUGCCUUUGCAAGCCCUCCCCUUCAAAUCCCACCCAAACUUUCUGUGGCUGUCCAAUCAGACUUCUAAUGCAGAAGUUUUUGUAAAGUUUUUGUAAUGUAUGUGCUCUGGGCAAUUGGUGCCGCUUGAGUUUAGCUACACUUAAAGUUAAACCAGGAAGUAACAAGACCUGCUGCCUGAAUGACAGCCAUGGGUGCGUAACAAAGUUAAUUUAUGAAAGUGUCCAUUUCUAUUGAAAUCUACACUUUUUGUAAAAUCAAAAAAAGACACACUCUUCACACGUAAAACUUCAGAUUGUUUGGAGUGUUCCUUGAAAGCAACUCUCUUACCUCAAAACAAUUUUAUCUCAUUGAAACCACUUCAGUGAGCUGUAGUACUAAUGUUGCCUAUAGAUAAUGCAUUAAAAUAUUGUAGGGGUAAUUGUGAGACAAAAAACUGAAUAGUAUGUCUGACAAUAUGCAAAAAUAAAUAAAUGUAUAAAAACCAUACUUUUUAGGUUUCUGCAUUUUCUAAUAAUCCUCAUGUAUGGAGCUUCCUGCCAUGAGCUCUACACAAACUAGGAAAUAGCAGACGGGGGCACUCCAGGCACUAAAUCAGCUUUAAUCUGUCAAUGUGCUGUAUUUCUGCAUGCUCAAGUAUGGAAGUUUUUUGCAAAAAUAACAAACGUUUUGCAGCUCGCUGCACUAUAAGCUUGCCCUCAUAGCCAAUGCCUCCCCCCCCCCCUUUUAGCCCUGUACUUAGAACUUAAGUUACUGACAGCACUGGACAUUGAGCUUGGCUACAGGGAGACCAAAAGCUGGUGUGACACGGUAAGGAUACAGGGAAACACGCAGGAUGUAUGUCUGUACAUGCCUGCCAUUCACUGUGAAUGCCUACUAAACCGUGCUUUCAUAGCCCAGUGUUGUGUGAGCGCACCUGGUUCUAAAAGCACCAUUUUGUAGACAUUUAUAAUUCUAACCAACAUUUACUGAACAUAAUGCAUGUGUCAUCCCCACGGUCUUACAAGUACUUGGAUGUUGGUAACAAACAUUUAGCAAAAUCCUGCAUACAGGAACACUGUGACAGGGGACAGUCUAACACUAUAACUGCAGAGAGUAUGGACUCUAGAUGUUGGGGACUAUAUCUCCCAUAAUGCUGGCAAAGCAUCAUGGGAGAUGUAGUCCAUAACAUCUGGUCUACUGAAGACUGCCUGCCUGCCCCCAGAUAGACUGAUAGGGUGCUUGGACAUUCCUGUUAUGGAUCUAAUUGUGAUUGAUUAUACUAUGAAUAUCAUGCUGCCAUUCAUUUAUUUUUAUUUUUACAGCUUCUGUAUUUACAUGCCUGGCAAUAGCCUUGGGAUUUUAUCGACUGUGGAAAUGA